AUGGAGAACGAUGCGUUUGCAGGGGCUCUCAACCCUGGCCGUCCGGCCUACAAGUACACAACUCGUGAAGGCGGCUGUUCGAAAAUCAGUGAGGAGUUUGACAACUUCCACCUGCCGUUCGAAGGCGAAGUCGAGUGGGAAGAACCACACGAGCUGAUCAAAGAGGGUAUCAACCUGAUCGAAAGCAUCAAAGGCAGCAAAUACAAGUUAAACAGCGAACAACUUGUCGAUCCCAAGACCGUCGUGUCAUUUCCCGCCGUCGAAGCCAACACUAGCCAUCUGCCCGGCACCGAGGAGGACGCAAUCAAGGUUGACGUCCGGCAUUGGACUAAUGCAGUGGACGAGAUCAUCCGGGCAUCAGAGCCCCAGCUGCCCAAGAUGGUGUCGUGGUGGAUGAGUGAGGUCUCAGGCAGUGUAGCUGGAGUGUACAAGGCCGACACAGCGACGGCGACACAGAUUGCCAUAGACAGCAUCUUGAAAGCUGUCCGCAUUGCCAUGGCUACCCAGAGCCGGCCUUCUUCGGCGGCGUCUUACCACAAACGCUCGCCGAUUCGCAAGACUACAAGUCGCGGCAGCCCGAGUGCAGCCGGCGGUGGACGCAAUAGACGCGGUGGAGAUGGCCAAUCCCGUGGUACGCGUGAUCGUGAGCGGUCAGCUUCCCCUCAGCCCACGGCUCCCUUCACGGCCCCUCCGGCGUCUGCCAUCGCCGCUCCUGGCGCCUCUCCUGCCGCCCCUCCUGUCGCCCCUCCUGUCGCCCCUCCUGUCGCCCCUCCUGUCGCCGCUCCUGUCGCCGCUCCCGACGCCUCUCCGGCGUCUUCCUUCGCCGCUCUCGAGCAGCCGUCAGGAUCUGAUGCAAUGGCCGCCCCCUACCUGGCCGAAAUGGUUCACUUGGCAGAGCAGAGCUCAGUCACGGGCGAUCCCUUUGAACGGAUCCCGGCUGAACGACUUGUGGAUCAUGUGAGGUUCGUCGGUAUUGUAAAUGAGAUGAGGAAACGCUGCGACCCCAAGGUGGACCUCCUGGUCAUGCCCUAUUUGCUCGCUCGGGUUGACUGUUUACACGGGCGGGCUCCCGAGGGCUGCACCGACACUACGCUGAAGCUCGGCAUUCCAAAUGGAAUUUCCCGGCCAACAAACGCCGAGGAAUACAAGCGCCCAGGAUACGUCUGGAAGUUCAUAGAUAACCUCCGGAAGUGGGCCAAACGCGAGCCCAUGGAACCGCCAAAGCGAGGUUGCGGCCAAUCUUCCAAGUUUCCAUCGGCCGGCGAUGACCCCAACAUCCCGGGAAUUCGCAAGAACAUUCGUCAGGCAACUCCCCUGAACACUGGCAACUUGCACCUGCUGAAGCAGGGGUUCGGCUACAUCCUUCAACAUCGUAUUCGAUGUGUUGAGCUCACAGACAGCAUUGGCUCAGUCUUCCUCGAGGCCCUAGGCCUCAAGAUAGACGAGUUUACAACUUCGCCGGAGCUCUUCCGGCAGGCUCUCAAGUCUGGACCCCUUGGAGCAGGCAAGCUGCGCAUCACUGCCAUAGAACAGCAUCAGCGCGAGCAUAUCAUUGCGGCACGUGUCGCCUUCCGCGACAGGGCUCGACGUGGCGUGCCUGACGACAUUGUCAGCGAGGGGCCCCAGCCCCGCCCUGCGGACCACUAUAGGAAGCAUGAAUUCACGGAUGAUGAGAUUCCGCAAAUGGAGAAGUUGAUGUACGGCGUGUGGCUGAGCCCGAAGAGGAAGAAACGGAGCGUCUCUCGUGAGGAGUAA